AUGGCCGCGGUAGGAGAGUGCUCGGUCUCUGUUCCGUGGAAGUCGGUUUCCCUCACUCACGUCGAGUACCCAGAAGGUAAAGCCUCCAGCCUCCGGCGCUUCGCGGAGCCUGUUUUCUUCUCUCCGCUGUGGGUGGGCCUUUCGCCCUACGCCCGAUUCAUAUCCGUGAAAAAAGGCGAGGUUUGGGCUUCGGGGAGUUCCUGAGGGGAUCGGGUGGGAGCUGCCAAAUAGUGAGCCAUUGACUAGCAGCGCUGUGAAGCCGGGCGGCGGCGCAUGCGCGCUUCGGCUGCCGCUCUUUGCGAGAUAGUGUACUUCGGGGGCUGCAUUGCGCAUGCGCGGCACCCUUUCUGCUUUGGAUUUCUCGUCCCAAGAGUGCAGAGUUUGGAGGGGGGAAUCACCUUUACAUUUAUUGUAUUUAUUAUGGUCCCGCUUCCGAUCCCCUAUUGGCACCUCCCUCUUCCUGGCCGGUUCCAUCUAGAUCUAGAUCUAUUCUGUUUUAUUGGAGUUAAGUUUUCUUUUGACAUGCCUCUUUGUCACACCAGUUACCAGAUGCUACUUUUGCAGGAUCACAGACCCAUUCCUGGAGAGAUCCUUUUCCUAACACACUUGGAACACAGAACGCUGCCUUAUAUUGGGCCAGACCUUUGUUCUUUCUAGGGCAGUGCUGUCCACAUUGACGGGCAGCAGCUCUACAGGGUUUCAGGUGGGGAGGGGGGCAGAAAUGUAUUUUCCCGAACACUACUUUGAGAUGCUGUUAUGGAUUGAAGCCAAGACCUUACACAUGCAAAGCAGGUGCUCCUACCACUGAGCCAAAUGCCCUUCCUCCGAAAUAAAAUAAGAUUCUAGUCUUUGUGCUUUUAAAUAAAGGGUGGGAUUCAACACAAUGCUAAGGUGAUUGUUUUCACAAUGCAGGGGGAGGUGCAUUGGGGGAACCUAGCUAGCAAGAGUCCUUGCACUGAUUUCCACUAGUGCAGUAGUUCUUAAAGGGUGUGGCAUGCCAUACUGGUGUGACAGGAGAGGGUGGCAAGUGUGGCAGGAAGAUUCAAUGACAAUCAAAUAAACAUUUAAACAUUUCAGUGUAGAAUAUUUAAGUAUAGUAUCGUAUAAUAUAGCAUCAAAAUGUUUUUUUAGAUAUACAACCAGAGACAGUAUCCAUGCCUCUUUUCAGGAGCGUUGGCUAUUCAUCUACCAUUUCCCACAACAUAUUGUUGUGAACGGGGAUUUUUAACUGACAGAUAAGAAACAGCAGAAAAGAGAAAGGUUUCUUUGUGUUGAUGAGAUGAGAGUUUAUUUGUCUCAAAUUAGACAUAAUAUAAAUGAGAUUACUUGGCAAAAGCAAGCUCAUACCUCUCAUUGAAUUUGUAUAAAUAUGUAAGGUACAUAUUAAAAGGCUUGCUUAUAAUUAUAUUUUGGGAAUUAUUUCUGUUCUUAUGUAGUUGCAUUUUUUAAUACUUUCUGGAUGUCCCACAAUCAAAUUAUAAAGUAGUUGUGUUGUAUGUUUUAAUCAAGCAUUGCUAGGACUCGUUUCUUUUUGUUUUCCAAUGUAUUUCUUAUCAAUAAAAAUAUUGGUGUAGCACAAGCAAAUUUUUAUUCUGAAAGUAUGACCCAGAGAAAAAAGUUUGAGAACCACUGGAGGAGCAGAACAGAGUAGUUGAAUCUGGUCCAAAGGGGUGAUUGAAAUAACAACUCAGAUCAUUGUCUUGUCUAGCUCAGAACUGUCUACACUGACUAGGAGAGGUUUUUGAGGGUUUCAGCCAGGGACUCUUCUCCCAGCACUAACUAAAGGUGCUGCAUGUGGGAACCUGGCACCUUCUGCAUGCUAAAGAUGUGCUCUGCUACUGAAUUGUGUCCCUUCCAAAUAACAUGCAAAGCUGUGUUAUUCAGAGUCAGACCCUUGAUCCAUCUAGCUCAGUAUAUUGCUCAUACUGAGUGGAGGAAGCUCUCCUGAUUUUGAAAGAGGGCUCUUACCUGGAAUUGUCUGCAUGCUAAGCAUGUGCUCUGUUAUACUUUUUUUCUAGGAAGCUUGCAGGCAGGGUGCAAAAGCACCAGUCUUUCCUGCCUCCCAUCAUGUGACCCUGCAGCCAUUGGCAUUUAGAAGCAAACUAUCUCUGAAUAAUGGGUUUCUAAAUGAUCAACAGGAUAAACCAUAAUGGUGCAAAAUUGUAUUAGGGUCAGUGUCUGAGGAAGGGGGUCGCAGUGGGUGCAGGUCGCCCUGGGUGUCAUCACUGAGGGGGGUGACAAAAAUAUGAGAUUAAAAAAAGGACUCAUGAAACUUUUUAGUUCAGUCAAGAAACUUAAUGAAACACGGCUGGCACUGGGUGUCACACCGCGGGGCUGGCACUAACCACGGGGCCUGCAGCAUGCCCAAGCCACACGUUUUUUCUGGGAGUGACAUGGUGGCUUGGGUGCCUGCAGGCUCCACACUGCCUGAAAUGGCAGCAUGGGGCUUACAUCUGCCCACUGCCUCUCCCUCAGCUGCCCUACAGCUGAGGGGAAGGUGGUGGAGAGGCUCCAUGCAGCUUGCCCUGCUUCCAUGGGCAGAUCACCCUGCCCCUGGCUGCAGGACGCAUGCACCGUACACCGCUGAUUAGGGUUUGGUGUUUUUUGUUGUUGUUGUUUUGUUUACAUUUUUCCCACAUAUCUUUUUCAAGGAACUGAAGACAGCAUACACGAAUCUUUUCCAUCCUAUCAAUUUUGCCCUCAGAACAACUCUGCAUUGUUGUUGUUUGACUGAAAGAUAAUGACUGGCCCACGGUCACCCAGUGAGAUCCCAACACUCUUAACCACUGCUAUGAACACCUAGAUGUCUCUAGAGAGCACCUGAAUAGGAACAUAGGGAGCUACCUUAUACCGAGUCAGAUCAUUGGUCUAGUAUUGUCUAUACCACCAUUUCUCAACCAUGGGUUCCCAGAUGUUGUUGGACUACAACACCCAUCAUCCCUAACCAAUAGUCCUACUAGCUAGGGAAGAUGGGAGUUGUAGUCCAACAACCUCUGAGGACCCAGGGUUGAGAAAUGCUGGUCUAUACUGACUAGAAGCUACUCUCCAGGAUUUCAGGCAAGGAAUCUUUCACAGCCCUACCUGGGAAUACUGCUGAGGAUUGAACUUGGGACCUUCUGCAUGCAAAGGAGACUCCCCACUGAUUUUGUAAUGUAUCUGUAAAGCUUCAUUUGACUGUACAUUUGAUUGGGAUUGUCCUGCUGAUUUCAGGAGACUUGUUUAAAGAAUAAUUUAUAUGGCUGUAUUAGUGUGCAUGUCGCUUUUCAAAACAAAGCCUAAAAUGUUUGUGCUUUACAAGUUCUGUGAUCCAUCUCUUGCCUGGCAUUUAAUUUUUAAACUUUAAAAGCAGCUACAGAAUGUUCUGAUUUUGAUCAGAACUGGCAUGAUGAAAGGAAUGUGUUGGUUUCCUUGAUCUAAAUCCCCUCCUCACAAAAAACUGCUAUUCAUCCUGAUGAGCAAAAUAAAAAUACAGGCAACUGUAUCACCACCACCACCACAAUGGGGGCAUGAUAGCAUAUUUUUUUAAGUGAAGGGAAAGGGUUAAAUUCAACUGCUUUAAAGUAACAAAAUGACAGGAUGACCAGUAAUAAAUCUGCAUCAUACACACCAAGGGGUAGGGCGGAAAAUCCCUGCCCCAAGCCACUUGCAGUCUAUGUAAUGUAAACUUCCACUUUACAUGUACCAGCAAAAUGUACCAAAGGACAGAUGGGAAAGAAUGGAGUUGCAAUGCCAGGGGAAGCUUUGCCUUUCCAGAUGUUGCCUUACUAAAGUUCCCAUCAGCACCAGCCGCCAAUGUCAGGGAUUAUGAGAAUUAUUGUUCAGUAGCAUCUGGAGGGCCACAGGUUCCUCACACCUGACUUAGACUAUGUGUGUGUUGUCUCAGCUUAGGGAAGAGGUGACUUUGAGAAGGAGGAGGAGGGAGGCAUUCUGGUACUGAGUUCCAGGCAUAGGGAUCAGCAAUGUAGGAUGGGAGGGUUUUUAAGGGAGCGGGAGGAGAUCAUUGGGUGGCAGAGUUAGGAUCAGCUUGUACGUUUGUAACUGGAUCUCCCAACCUUGCUAGCCUGUGGCCUAUUUAUUUAUUCAUUUGAACUCUGAAUAUUUCAGUAACUCAGGGCUUUAAAUUCUGACAUGACUUAGUGCUGCCAUUUGCUCUCUUAAGUGCCAGAGCCCAACCCUAAAAUAGUGGAAAGUGCUUCUGAGAAGGUUCGGAGUGCAUUUCCCCCGAGUAACCAACCGAAAGAGGUUUCUUUGUGUCCAGGCUUCCAUACUAGGGUGUGGUAUUUCCAGGCAGACCUGCAACUUGGUAUUCUUGUUUUUUUCAUUUCCAGACACUAAGCACUGUGGGAGUUAGACGCAUUGUGGUAAUGGGGGGGGGGAAUCACAUGUAUUAUUUAUCUCUCUUUCUGAUACUUGGCUCCCUUACCUUGUGCUUCCUGCAUUAAACUGGGAUUUCUUUCCGCCUGGCAAGCUGACUGUAGAGGAGUAUUCUAGAGUUGUGUGCGUGCUGCUGAGAAAGCCCACUCAAUUCCCAUGAUUUUGGCACGGGGGUGGGGAGAGGCAGAGCUUCUGAGUGAGAGAAUGUAUGGCUUUCAGGCCAGCCCAAACUCAUCCUUUGAUUCCCCCACGCACCCACCCGCACACACACACACAUCCAUUAACUAAUGGAAUUAUUGGAUUCAGUUUUUAUAAAGAUUGCAUGCUGGAAGACAGGGCAGGAGAUAAAAAUCUCCAAAGCCGCACCUUAUGUACUCUGAAAAGCAUAGUUCGGCAGUAGAGCAGCUGCUUUGCAUGCAGAAGGUCCCAGGUUCAAUCCCACCCUGGGGAUGCUGUGAUGACAUGCUGCCAGCUUGUGUAAGCCAUAGUGAACUAGUUGGACCAAUGUUAAUGCCUUGGUUGAGGCCACUUCCCAAAAGCAGGUGAGAUAUCGGGCUGUUCCUUAUAUACAAAGAAAAUGGAAGUAAAUGAUCAUGGGCAGCAUCCUCUUCAUAUUUCUAACCCAGGGUAUAUAACGCCAGUGGGAGCCAGUAAGCUGCUGAAUGCUUCUUAAUGGAAACUGCAAGAAGGGUGAGUUGUGGUUGUGCUUAUGGGAUUCCCAUGGGGCAUCUGUUUGGCCACUGUGAAAACAGGAUGUUGGACUAGAUGGGCGCCGGCAAUAUUUAGCAGGGUUCUCAUCAACGCCAGCCAGCAUUGCCAAUGGUCAGAAAUGACAGUUGCUGCCAGCCAUCCCUUGAUCCCAUAUCUCUAAUGAACAGAUUGAUCAGCUGCAGAUUUACCCCAGUCUGAGUAAGGAGAGCCACAUAGGUAAGCAGGUUUUCAUGCUAUUUGCUGCAUCAAGGACUACAGAAUGAAUUGGAUGAGCACAGCUGAUCCAAACUUUUUUUUUUGCUUACAUCCUUAGGAUAUGCCUCCCACACCACAUCCAGUGCAUUUUGCAUUCACACCCACUUAAGGGUCAUGCAGCAUGGAUAUAUAGCAUCUGUUCUCUGAAAGGCAUUCUGAUUUAUAUGAGGGGCGACCCAACAAGUGAUCCAGUUAACCCCCCAAAAAAUUCUUUUCCUGGAUCAAAGUGAAAAAUGGCUUAAGGCCAGAUUUGCACCAAGAUCCAAUUACAAGCCUUUUUGUGAGUGGAAGUAAUAUGGCAUGUGCUUAGCCACAUCUGCUUGUUUCCUACUUGAAUGCUAGUGCAUGUGAGAGUAAGAGAAGCUGGUAACUAUAUCUGGAGAGCUUCUGGUUUCUUCGAUACUAUUUCUAAUUCAAGGAAUAGGUCAAUGAAAAUAGUGAACACACAGCAUGUCUGUGGUGUUUUAAAGUUCUGAGGCACCAGGCUGGCAAAGUUUGAAAUGAAACCUGCCUUUUAUUCAGGUAGGUCAGUGAUGGUGAGUCCAUGACCCUCCAAAUAUUGUUGGACUCCCACCUUCCACCAGCCCCAGCUAACGCAACAGUCAGUCUAGGGAUAAUGGGGGUUGGAAUUUCACAUCAUUUGGAGGGUCACAGGUUCCUCACUCCUAAGUUAAGAAGCAGAAUUCCCUACUGUGUUUAAGAGAUGGAAUAAGGCCUCUUAUGUACAGUUCUGGUCCUGGUUGUCUUGCCUCAGAAAAGGGCUACCAAAAUGAUCAAGUGACUCCUCUAUUAAGAUAUUAAACUAAAAAGUUGAGUAAGAGGAGACAUGAAAGAAGUUUAUAAAAUUAUGCAUAGCAUGGAGAAAGUGGAUAGAGAAACCACAGGAAGGGAGAGUGCUCGAAUCCUUUUUCCAGGUGUCCCACUAUGAGAACAGGUUGCUAGACUUGCUAGGCCAUUGGCCUGAUCGAGCCGACUCUUAUGUUGUGUUAGAAGAGUCAUUCCCCAUAAAACGGGAAAUAAUGCCACUUCUUAGGCUGGGGUGAAGAACUUGUGGCCCUCAGGUUGUUGUUGCACUCCAACUCCCAUCUGCCCCUUAGCAUGGCCAGUGGUCCAAGCAUGAUGGGAGUUGUAGUCCACUAACAGCUGGAUGACCAAAGGUUUUAACCACCCCUGCUUUACACCACCCAAACUCUUUGCCUAUAUUAGCAAUCAUAAACAGCUGCCUUGUAAGGGAAAUCAGCUUUAAGACACACAAGGAUUAGGAUUGAAGGAGAAGGGAGUGUUCAUUUUAAGGCUGCCUAUGGAAUUUGUAGCUGAAUAAAUUCUUAGUUGACAGCUCCAUCCCUUGGCCACUGAGCUACAUGCCUGGGAAAGCCAGACCCCUAUUUAAGCAUAUCAGAGUUCAGAUGCUGAUGAACUGAUAGAAGCCGAGUCAGGAUGAUGAAAAACUGACUUUGUACUUUCUACACCAAAUCUAUGCCUAAUGAAGGCACCAGUCAAGCCUCCCUGGGAAGAGCAUUCCAGAAACUGGGAGCCACUGCAGAAAAAGCCCAUUCUCAUGUUUCCACCCUCACAUGAAGAAGGGCCUCAAAUGAUGAACGCAGAGUCUUUGACAGUUUAUAGGGGGAGAGGCGAUCCUUGAAGUAUUGCAGUCCUGAGCUGUUUAAGACUUUUAUACGUCAGCCAGUGCAGUCAGGUCAGGAUCAGUGUAAUAUGCUCAAACCAUCUUGUCCCACUGAGCAACUUGGCCGCUGAAUUCUGCAUCAGCUUAAACUUCCACACCAUCUUUAGAGGCAGCCCUAUGUGUAAUGUGUUGCAGUAAUCCAGCCUAGAGGUUAUUAAAUAUAUAUAUUUUUUACAACCCUCCCCCUCAUUAAGAUGUUACCUCAGCCAGUUCCAUCAGAGCUUGUUGUACUUUCAGUCAGUCAACAAAUUUUUUUAAAAAAAUGAAUGGCUUGUAAAAGAUGAAAAAUCCUGACAUCUGAAAAAAGAACACAAGUAAAUGAGUUUAAUAGCAUUAAUUAUUAUUAUUUUUGAACAAUCUUAAAUUUAAAUAUCAGAAGUGGCAUUGAAUUUUGUGGUUUAAGUAUCUCAACUUUCACCCAAGGUUCCAGCUCUCAUGCCAGUGGAGAGCCUUGAGAGUAAGUACACCUGCUGACAUUUCCAAAGCCUCUCCAGAGAGGAGGGGUCUCUUGGAGGUCUCUGGGGAGCUCUGAAGGUGAGAGGUUUAGACUGCCUUCACCAACAUGGUGCCAUCCAGAUAUUUUGGACUUCCAUCAGCCCUAGCCAGCAACUAAAGAAUAUAAGAAUGUAAGAAGAACCGUGCUGGAUGAGACCAAAGGCCCAUCCAGUUCAAAUCUUCUGGAAGUCACCAGGUUAACAAAGGCUAAGAAGUGGCUUACAGUGGAUUUCUUCAGAUCAAGCACCAGAUCACAAUCUGUGGUAAGAUUCAUUUAGACUGCGUACAUACCAAACACCAUCUCCCCCACCCCCAAAAAGAGUCCUGGGAAAUUUAGUUUACCCUGCCACAAAGCUACAAUUCCCAGCACUCUUUACAAACUACAGUUCCCGGGAUUCAUUGGAGAAAAAGCAAAUGUGCUUUAAAUUCAUGGCAUGUGUCCAAACCAUGAUAUGGAUUACAUGGUUCCCCUCUCCAGCCACCUUCCCUGAGAACCCCCAGAGGCCCAUCCCAAACAGCAGGUUCUGAGGGUGUAACAGCAUCCCAAACCACAAUUCAUCUUCUCAGAUGUAGCACCAAGCCACAGCUUACUGUACUGUGCAAACCAGCUUCAUUUGCUAUAUUUAGGCAUAAUUAUUGUCCUAAGGGAUAGAAACUUGUCCCUAGUGUUAACAAAAACUAUGUUUUUUUGAUGUUGUGUUCUGCGCUCAGUAUGCACUUUGUAGAUGGGAAGCAUUGCCCCCAUGUUUGUCCAUAUAUGUGUACAUAGGUUCUGCAUUAUGCAAACACCUAAGGGCAGGAGGAGGCAUCUAUGGGGUCGUCCCCCAGGAUGGCAAUUAGCAAGCAGAGACCUUAGGAGUGUUUCUUGGGGCCAGAUUCUGCCUGCAGGCCACCUGUUGUACCCUGGAGCUGCAGCGUGAAUCUUCUGCUCUGGCUCGCUAAAUUAAUUGGUCCCUGCUGCGGAGCCAUCUGCGCCAGCUUCCUUGUACGGAAAUAAUGGUGUGUGACUGUGUGUUUUCACUGAGACUCAUGUUCUGUUUACGCUGCUGCAUGGGCAAAUGAAAACCCUCUCGAUCCCAUGCCUGUUGUCUGGUUCUGGUGCUGAAAACAUUUUUAGCUAGCUCUGUAAGACCCACGCCCUGUUGUACAUUUUAGAGCCCCUAGAGUAGACAGGCAUGAUCCAUGAAAACAAAAUAAAGAUCACUGGUCCAUCUAGCUUUGGAUCCAGCUUUGUAUUACCUGCACUGACUGGCAGUGGCUCCCCAGGGUUUCAAACAGUCUCUCUGUUGAAUAUUGAGAUGCUGUUGAAUAUUGAACCCAGGACCUUCUGCAUGCAAAGCAUGAGUUUUAAGGUAUAGAUAUGUCUCUUCCCCUAAAAAUAAAAGUAUCCUGAUGAUUAUGGAUAAAAGGGAUUUUUGUGUGUCAGAGUGGGGCAUAGGAAUAUAAGAAGGGACAUAGGAAGUUGCCAUAUACCGUGUCAGGCCAUUGGUCCAUCUAGCUCAGUAUUGUCUACACUUACUGGCAGCACCUCUCCAAAUGUUUCAGGCAGGGAGUCUCUCCAGCCUUACCUGGGUAUGCUUCAGGUUGGUUCUCUACUGCUCAGCUGCAGCUCUUCCCUGUACAGCACUUUAUUUGCUUUCCAACAAGCACAUGUUGGCACAUAAACAAGCCACAUGUAACAGCCACCCCCAACAGGCCACUUGUCAGCAUCAAAAGGAUGAAUAGAGAGCACGAUGUAAUAGAUAUCCUUAAAAUAUCAAAUUACUUUCUUUGAGUCCACAAUGCAUUUGAUGACAUGCCUGGGAUUCCCUUCUAGUCUGUUUCCUGCUGAUGUUCAAACUUGGACCACUCCUCACAAAUUAAAAAAAAAAGCAGAGGUGAGAGGGUGGCCGUUAGAAAGUCUUGUGCAGUUGGACAGCCCCCCCCCCCAUGCUUUGGACAACAACUCACAUCAGCCCCAGGCUCCCAUUAGUUGAAUGGUAAGCUAUCAAAACUGUAAUUGUGAGUAUCUUCCUGGGUCAGCCUUCACCAACCAGGUGCCCUCCGUAUUAUAAGACUGCUGCUGGGAGAAUGGCUGUGCUGGCUGGGGAUGAUGGGCCAAUGGCUUCAAGUUACAAGAAAGGGGAUUCCAACUAAACAUCAGGAAUAACUUUCUGACAGUUCGGCCAGAUGACCCGUUGAGGUACUUUCAGUCUACAGUUCUGUGAUUCUAUGAACGUACGAAAACAAUACUUUCUGGGGAGAAAUAAAGCACUAGGCAAUUUCCCCAAUUUUUUCCCAUCCUUGGCCAACCUGGAACCCUUCAGAUUUUUGUCUUACAACUCAUAGACUCAUAGAAUAGAGUUGAAAGGGACCCUGAGAGCCAUCUGGUCCAACCCCAUGCAAUGCAGAAAUCUCAACUAAAUCAUCUGUGAUAGAUGGCCAUCCCACCUCUGCUUAAAAACUUCCAAUGAAGGAGUGUCCAACACCUGUCAAACAGAUCUUACUGUCAGAAAGUUCUUCUUAAUGUUUAGGAAUCUCCUUUCUUGUCAUUUGUUCAUUAGUAGCAACAAACAGAUGUUGUUUGCAAUUGAAACAUCAGGCCAGGCUUGGCAAAUUUCAAAGUUUUGUUUACCAAAUGCUGAUGAAAUAAAACAUGCUAAAUUAGAUUAUUCUCUAGGAGAGGGAUGGGGAACAUCUGUGGCUCUCCAUAUGUCAUUGGAGCCCAAUUCCCUGACUAGGUAAAAUUCACUUUCAUUGCUCCACCCACUUUUGCCUCUGGUCCCGCCCAACGCUGGAAUAUGGCCUUCAGAAGGUUGCACAGAAGAGAAUGUGUCGUUCAAACUGAAAAAGGCUCCCCAUCCCUAUGGUUUAGACCAGAGCUUUCCAACUUUUCAUGUUGGUGCCACACUUUUUAGACGUGCAUAAUUUCGCAACACAGUAAUUCAGUUUCACUAGCAAACUGGAGGUUAAACUAACCCCUUUCCAGCCCCAGGAGGAGCACAGGGAGCGUUCAAGUGAGAUACCUACACACUGCAGCCAACACACUAACGUGUCACAACACACAGUUUGGAAAGCUCUGGUUAACACAAUACUGGACAAGAUGGACCAAUGGUCUCAUGCUGUACUGGACAGCUUCCUCUAUUCCUUUGAUGCAUUUAAGAGGUGUGUUUCUACUCAAAAGUAGUUCCCAUUGAGUUUAGGUGGACCUAACUUCCAGGUACUUGUGUGAGUAUAUCUCAGAGGUGCAGAAAAUUUGGCACUCCAGAUGUCAUUCAACUCCCAAUUCACACCAGCCCCAGCCAGCAGUGGCCAACAGUUGGGGGUGUUGGGAGUUGUAGUCCACCAUCAUCUGGAGGGUAAUAGAUUCCUCAUUACUGGUGUAUAAGUAUGCAGCUACAGCAAUCUUCAUAUGUUGGCCAAGCUUUUGUAUCUUUACAACAGCCCUGUAAGGCAGACAAGCUUUGCAGUUUUUAUGUAGCAAGCAGGUGACAAGGUGGAGGGAGGCUGAUGAUGUGAAGGGGGAGAGGACGGCUUUCAGGGCCUCCCCAAAAGCCUAUUGCCAGGGCGAGUUUCAAACCUUGUGUUCCUCUGUGAAUGGAAAGCUUUGUACUGAUGACCCUGAGAUCAUUGCCCUUUAAAGCAACUGAUAUCCUGUACCAAGUUAUCAUGCAACCAAAGGUUUUGCCACAAGCAGACAUCCAACAGGAAAUGGUGGCGGCCGGGUGUCUGGGUAAGAAGGAUGUGGUUUGGGUGCUGUUCAUCUAUAGGCUCUGUUUUUUAUAUUUAGACUAUGCUGCUGUGGUAAACCUCAUAGUUUCCUCUGGAGCUGGAAGGAACCUGUUCAUUAGAGCUCCCUCUCUUUUGUUCUCUCUCGCUCUUUUUUAAUUGCCUUAUUCAUAAAGUACAAUGUUACUAAGUUUUUAAUCCUCGCAGCAUCCCUGUGAGGUAGGUCAGGUGGAGGGAAUAAAGUACUGGUGCAAAGUCACCUAAGAAGCUUCAAGUCUUGUGUGGGGAUUUGAACUCGAGUCCCCCUUAGUUCAAGUCCAACACAGCCAGGGUCCUUGGGCCUUUCUCCCCUCAAAGCACAACUCCUAUUACAUAGUUGUCUAAAGACGGUUAAACUUAGUGGCCUGUAGCACACCUGCUUGCGGUUAGUUCCAUAAGUUGCACACGUACUUGAAAGUAAAAAAAAAAAACAACCUUUACAGCCAGGCAAGUUUACCUUUUGGGCAAGUUUUAUCUCUUUUUGUCUACUACCCCAGGUGACUUCACUGGAUUUAUUCUCGCCCAAGCAAGCCUGAGCCCAAUUUUCAUCAUAUUUGGAUUCAUCACACUCAUCGUUUUCAAGAGAGAGCUUCACACGGUGAGUCCUGCUCCUGCUUCUCUGCCCCCCUCCCCAAAUCUGGGUCUAGCCUUUUGUGUUCCUGAACUCACAUCUCCUGCUGGGGCCUGGUAGCAUCUGCUUUCCUUUCUCUCGUUUCCCCUUUCCUGAAAUUGUCCCUAUCACUCCCUUCACCUUGACCAUCCCAUGACUUUCCUUUCUCUUACAUCUGUAAUUAUAACUAUUAUUAAUUCAAUUUCUUACCUGACUGUCACCAUCAGGUCCCAAGAUGGGUUGCAGCAGUAUAACAUUCAGAAUGAAAAACAGUUUAAAACAAAAUUACAGGCACAGAAAUAGGGUGGGUCCUUAAAAUAUGCCUCUUGUCAAAGGCCACGUUGAAGAGGCUCACCUUCAGCAUGUAACAGAAACUGUAUUGUGACAGUGCCAGAAGCACCUCUGCAGGGAAGGAGUUCCACAGUUUAGGGGCUGCCACAGACUAGGCCCUCUCCUGGGCUGCCAAGAGGGUGGAGGAACUACCAAGAGGGUGGAGGAACUACCAAGAGGGCCUCCUCUGGCAAUCUCAACACCCUAGAGGCUCUCUAGGGAAAGAGGUGGUAUUGACAAUACCUUGUCAGUUGUGCCCAGUAACUGAAUAGAAUAAUAGAAUUGUAGAGUUGGAAGAGACCCAGUUCCUGUCGUGCUGGAAUCUCAAUGAAGCAUCCAUUACAGAUGGCCACCCAACUUCUGCUUUAAAACCCCUAAGGAAGGAGAGUAGAGUCCACAACCUUCCGAGGGAGUCCAUUCCACAGUUGACUCUUCUUGACAGAAAAUUCUUUUUGAUGUUAAUCGGAAUGUCUUUUCUUGUAAUUUGAAUCCAUUGGUUCAGGUCCUCCCCUCCAGAGGAGAAGACAAGCCUGCUCCAUCUUCCAUGGGACAGCCCUUUAGAUAUUUAAAGAUAGCUAUCAUUUCUCCUCUCAGUCUCCUCUUUCCCAGGCUAAACAUACCCAGCUCCUUCAACCAUUCCUCAUAAGGCUUGGUUUCUAGUGCCUUGAUCAUCUUGGUUGCCCUCCUCUGCGCUCAUUCCAGAUUAACAUGACCUUCUCCCUGCAACUGUUGGCUACUCAUGUAUACAUCAGGGAUUUCCUUUGUGAUUUUCUCUUUCUUCCAUUUCUUAUGCAUGCCCUUCUUAAAUAUCAGCUCACCUGUAAGCUUAUGCACACUGGUUUCUUUAAAUGCCUCCCACUUUUCUGUUUUGUUGGAGCUGUCGUCAUAGAUGAGUUCCAGAAGGAUAGAUGCCUUUAGUUCUAUAGCAUCAGAAAGAGGAAAGACCCUUUGACACUAUGAGGCAGUGGUGGGAAAACCCCAGCUCUGGGAGCCACACCUCUCCUCAAUUUUUUUUAAAGCCUGACUGGAAUGUUUCCUUGAAUGUAAUGAUGCCUCUUGCUUGCCUACACACACACACACACACACACACAGGCUUUGGCUUUUUGCCCCUCCCACUUCUGCCUCUGGCCCCACCCACUACUGGCAUGUGCCCUUGAAAGGAUGCUUGCGAGGCAAUGUGACCCUCAGGCUGAGAAUGGUCCCCCGCUCCCUCCUUGAAGAUCCUACGCUAACAGGUGCUUGGAGUAGGUACCUCUUUGGGCAGGGGAUUGUCAGGUCUGGAGUCAGAUGCAGGUCAGCAUGAAGAAGCAGAGUCAGUUGUCAGUGAAGUUAGCUCUUUAUUCAAGGAAAUGGCAUACAAUUCAGCAACACUUCCCAGUCUUCCCCUAUAGAGCAGUUGCCAGGGCUGAAGGUGCCUGCCUUCUACCCCUCCUAAGACGACUGCUCUCCCAGAUGUUUCCCGAGAAGCCUCAAACGGUGUCUGAGCACCUCCGGUCCCUGUUCUGCCCUCCUCAUUAUCCUGUGCAUUCCUGGAGAUCAUCGGGGAGAGGAGAUUCUCUGGAUUCUUCAGCAGUCCCUUGACACUCCUUCCCUUCUGCCUCAGCCUCAGAGUCUGAACUUCUCCCUGUCACAGGUUCCUUCUGCUCACUGAACCCUGUUGUCCCUUCAGGAUCCAGCACUCCCUCCCAAUCUUCCCCCUCUGACGUCUCCUCAGUGUCCCACCGCCAGUCCCCGGGCUCUGAGCCUUCCUUCUCUGGGAUUUCCUUUGGGGCUUCCCCAGCUGGUGCCUCCCACCACUCCUCUUCAUCCAGAUAGUCCCUGACAGUAUCUAAAUUCUGAGUUACAGAGAGGAGGAGGAAGAGGAGGGAAGAAACUUCAAUCUGUGUUUUUUACAGUGAGGCCAAAGGUUCAAGCAGUGCAAGAGAGAGAGCCAUAGGUAUGUUGCCAUCCAGUGGGCAGCCAGUCAACCUGGAGCGCCACCCCCCUCCUUUAUAGCAGCUAGUGGUGAAUAGUCAUAGCGAUCCAUAACAAUCAAUUGUCUAAAUAGAGCCAAUGAGAUAGCAGUACGUAUGUUGCAGCAACAUGGCAAGCCAACGGAAUAAGAGCAAGAACCAGCUGACAUGUUCGUGCAUGCGUGACCUGGUCCUGGCUGUCAGCCAGAAGUGAGGAACAGGCAUAACAAGAACAAUUGUAGAAACCAGGGACAGGGAACUUUUGUCCCUCCAGAUUUUGGGGUUGAGCUCCCAACUCCUGUCAGCAUGGAUCUCAUUGUGCCUUGGCACAAGCAGGACUUGCUCUCAGUGCCCAUCAGCCACUGACAGCCAGCCCUAGUGCUAUUGGGAGUCAUUUAUUCCAGUGGGUCUGCUUUGAAUAGGACAAACAUAGGAUAGAGCACAAGGUUUCUGAAGGGCUCCCUGUUCUAUAUGUGCCUGCUCACCUUUGGAGGUCAUCAUCUUUAGUUGCCCCUGGCUUUGAAGGUUGGGCAGGUGGUGAGAGGGUUUCUUCUCCUGUGUUGGCGCUCUGGUUGCAGAAUCCCGGGGACAUUGGCCAACUUGGUGAGUCUCAGAUGCAAGGUUAAAAACAAUUUGAUGCCUUUGGGAGUUGUUUAUUGGCCAAGAGAACAUGUCAAAAGAAAUCUUGAUGGGACUUUGGGGCAUAUUAAAUGAAAUUAAUAUUCACAAAUCAUAUCAUAUCAAUCAUUCAUAUCAUUCAAUCGUAUCAUAGCAUAUCACAUAUCAUAUAAUUGAAUCAACCAAUUGUUUAGAAUUCAUUGCAUUUCCAAUUUAACCACUUGCAGUUAGAGAAAUAUGCAGUUCACCCUUUGAAGUCACAUUAGCUGAAUAUUCGAGAAGGCAGAGAUCACUUUGCAUCAACAUUCUGAAUCAAGUUAUGUUUCAGAAUUUUGACAGAGGUUGGGGGGGGGCUCACAUUUUUGGUUUCACCUUUAGAAAUCCCAAAAGCAGGAAGAUAUUUGCCCGUCUAUUUCACGGGAAUUUUUUUUAACAACAACAACAACAAAACAGUUGCUGCUGAACUUUAUAUAUAAUGUUUUUAUGCUAUUUAAUCAAAUUAUUUGGUAUUGGACUCUAUUAUGAUGCUUAUAGAGCUUAUUUUAAACCAGAAGUAGCCUAAUGAAUUUGAUUUUUGGCUUUUAAUGGAAAGGUGGGAUGAUAAUGCUUUCUAAAUCCCUAGAAGAGUCAAGCUAAACAAAUUAUCCUCUGUGCAACAACCAGUUGAUCUCAAAAAUCACACAUCCCUUUUUGUCCUUUUGCAGAUCUCUUUCUUGGGGGGCCUCUUGCUCAAUGAAGGUGUGAAUUGGCUAAUAAAGAAUAUUAUCCAGGAGCCUCGUCCUUGCGCAGGUGGAGUAUUGCUGGCAGGGAAAGGGCGCAGCUGACUACAGACCUGGGCAUUGUUAAUGAGGGUAGCAGUUCUCAUCCACUGCCUUUGCUUAUGGAACGAUAAAAAUAACUCUACAUUUUGUUUUUGCUUUUUUAAAAAUAGUUUAUAUUUUUCACAUUACAAUCAACAGCAAAAUUCAAUAAUGAAAGCAGCCAGCUAACAACCAGCUGACUGGGAAACUUUGAGAAAAAUCAUUGGCGCGGGCUUGCAGGUAGCAGCAAUCAAUCACCAAAGCAGACUUUAUCAUACAAUGAAAUGCUGCUGCUGCUUCUCUGCCAUCGGAUUGCAUUGAGUGCGUCAUCCAUCUUCCCUGUAGUAACAGAGUAUAAAAGUGGAUCUAUUUCCAAAUAUUUACAUUUUUAUUUAUUCAUUUAUUUACUGUAUUUAAUAAGAUUUAUACACCACUUGUAUUGUUAACAAACACACCUCAAAGUGGCCUAAAAAGAGAUAAAACAGUAGAAUCAUAAAAAUUAUAAUAAUUUAAGACUUUUCUAAAAAAAAUUUUUUUAAAAAAAUCAAAACGUGCAUUGACUUUCUGAAUAUCUGGGUAGGCUUGUCUAAACAAAAAUGGAGCUGCUGCCAAAAGCAGUACAGUGAAGGAGCCUGCCUGAUAUCUCCAGGCAGGGAGUUCCAAAGUGUGGGCACUGCCACGCUAAAAGAUUGAAUUCUUACAAAUGCAGAAUAGGUCUUAUGCGGUGCCUGUAACUGUGGCUGUUCUGCUGAUCAUUUUUAACUGUUCAAGUUGCUUUAGUGCAAAACGUCUUUACUGCUUCAACUGCUUUGGGGGCAGCUGGGAGAGCACUUCCUUCAAGGGGUUGGGGGUUUCUAUAGCCAGCAGGUAAGAGGUAGCAUCUUCCUCCACAUCCUCUGGCAACAUUUAACCCAAACAUAUACUCUUGGGGAGUCGGGCCCUUCUUGAUCGCAGGGGAGGAGAGCCAAGCAAUGCUCCUAUAGUCCAACUAACAUUUGUGCUUCUUCUUCCUCCUCCUCAGAAAUCCACACAUCGGUUUUUUCCAAGUACGCCAUGCCUUCCAGCCAUUCCCAGUUCAUCUGGUUCUUCUCCAUUUACUCUUUUCUCUUCCUCUAUUUAAGGUGAAUAAUCCCCUUUCCUUUUGAUGCUGGUGGAUAGGGUGUUCCAGCCUUGCUUUUAAGCUUAUGUAGAGGUCAGAAAAGGGGCUCCAUUUACAGUGGCCUCUUCCUUUUUCCAUUCAGUUAGAUUAGGCUCCCUUUGUCCCUGACCACUGGCCAUGCUGGCUGCAGGGGCUGAUGCGAGUUGGGAGUCCCUACAAUAUCUGGAGAGCCGCAAGUUCCCCAUCCCUGAUCUAAGAAGAGGCACCCUCUUUCCUCUCAUGAGCGAAUGCCGCUUCUACCUAGAGGCAUCGUUCCAUCUCUUGCAUGCAGCCAGGAAUGCUGCUUCUCAGAUCAAGGAUAUGGAACCUGCAGCCCUUCAGAUGUUUGUUGGACUAUAGCUUCCAUCAUCCCUCACCACUGGUCUCGCUGGCUGGGGAUAAUGGGAGUUGGAAUGGCAUCGUAAAAGCAACAAAAAGCUGGAUUUAUGGUGUGAAAUCAGUAUGUUCUAAAUGAACAGGGGGAAUCUUUAUGAAGCUUUAAGUGGAUUAUUUUUAUUUUUAUUUUUGCUCUGCCUUUGAUUAAAGUGUUUUAAGAAAUUGAUCCAGCAAGCACAGAGUCUGCUGACUUUUGGGGGGGGGGAUCCAUCAAAGUCAAGUUUCUAGUCCUCAAAGAGGUGAGAGAAUCUUGAAACACAUUAAGGUAUAUCUGUAUGAUGCAUGCACUUGCUGCACAGGCACACGUUGAGAUCUUAGACAUUUACCUUAAGGUACUAUCUUAGGUGUAAAAAUAAAAGAUAUUUAUAUGUGAACAGGUCUUGAAACUUAGGAUUUUUUUUCUGUGUUGCAUAAAAUCAAGUAUCAGGCUCCUUGGGGGUUUUUUUAAAUGAAGGAUACAGGGCGGAAGCGUGAUAAGCUUUUUCUUAUUUAAAAGAGCAAGCUCUAAAGUAUCUAUGUGGGCUUGAGCUUGCUGGAUUGUGAUUUGUCUUGCUUGUUUAGUGAGAGGUCAUUUCAGUUAAAUAUUUUUGUCUCCCAGAAUGCAUCAAACGAACAAUGCAAGGUUCCUGGACUUAUUGUGGAGACAUAUCCUCUCCCUCUGCCUCUUAACCGUGGCCUUUCUUGUCUCCUAUAGUAGGUAGGUCAGUUCCAUUUUGUUGGAUGCUUUCUUGGGGCAGCUCUUGGUUUUGCUAUUGGGACUGAUGCAUUCAUUAUUAAUGGUUUAAAAGCUUCAGUUGUUCCUGGAAGCAAUGCAAGAACUCUUUAUUCAAAUAAAUGUUUCAGUAAAUAUGCAGCAGGGUAUUUUGAUGGUGGGUGGGUGGCUUUUUAAAAUUAUAUUUAUUUCUAAUCUCUUCUCUUAGCAUGAGAAGAGCCCUGCUGGAUCAAGCCAAUAGCACAUCUCGUAGACCUUUUGCCUGACAUUGCUACGCUGUGCAUCUUUCUCUUGCUGUCCAUCACUGGUGGAUGCUAGAAGGGCAGAUAAAUGCUCAGCAUUGCAAUAUCAGAACAAAUUAUCUUCUGCGUGGUGAAGAAGGAGAGGGGCAGGAGCUUAAGACUGGACUCCCAUUUUUUGCCUCUGGUCCAAAGUACAAUUCCACUUUGAGUAAGCAGUGAAAUGCCCAUAUAAAAAAAAUCUAUUUUUUCCAUUAACUCUUCAACUUGGGUCCAGCCCAGAUUGCACAAGUCAAUCCCAUAGUUUGGUCAUCUGUGCUGUUCCUCAAACUCAUGUGCUGUCUUCCCCUGCUCUGCUGGUGUGCUCCCAGCUCUCUUCUCCACUUCCUGUUUAGCAGUAACCAUAGUUUUGUCUACAAAGUGAUUUGAACUGUGACUUUCCAGUUCCAGUUUGGAGGCAAACUGUGGUUAGUGGUAGCCACUAUUGGCCUCAUUCAUGUACCACAUCAAGCUGUAUGAUUAACCAUGAACCAGGAUGGGAAGGUGGCCCUGAUAGCCAAGCAAUGAAUUAGCUGUCCUUGGGGGGAAGCGGGGAUAGGUGAGGGGUAAACAGGGUCUUUGUGAGCUUCCCUCUUUUGAGAAAAGGUGACGGUUGUGCUGUAACCAGCUGUCUAGUAUGCUCUCUUCUUGAUGUGCUUUCAUUCUGUUGCAACACACACAGAGUCUAUCUGAUGUACCACUCCUGGAGCCAAGUUGUAUAUGGAGGGAUUGUGGGGAGCAUCAUGGCGAUAGUUUGGUUUGCAUUCACACAGGAGAUCUUAACACCAUUGUUCCCAAGGAUAGCUGCAUGGUAAGUCCCCCUUAUUUGUUCUGGCCCCCCCCCCCACCUGAGACCAAAUUGCUGCUCUGGAAUCUUUCUAAAUUGAAAGGCAGGUCAGAAAUCCUUUGAGUUUUAUUGGGCAGCGGGUGGGAGAAGCUCCUUUGUGUGUUGGGCUGGGGUCCCUUCAUAUAGAAAUCCAGUAUGUCAGGGAGAAUUUAGUACAGAAGGAAACUCAGGUGGCUAAGUGCAGAGUUAAUUGUCAUGCAAGAUGCCUCAUAGGAGAGUAAAUAAAAUAAGCUUAUUUUUGAGCACUUGCUAUCCGGAUUCUGCUUUAGCGAUGAAUACCUCAGUUUCAAUAUCACAGCAAACCAUAGUUGAAUAUUUGUUUUGGUGUCUGCCAACCAUGGCUUGUCAAAUUCAACCAACCAGCAAACAAAUCAGUACUGGAAACCAUGGUUGGAGGUGCAGUUGCCAGCCAUGAUUUGUGCUGUGUUGUUUUCGAUGAUCUCUGAAUUGACAAGCCAUGGUUACCUCCAUCGCUUCACCUCCAAAGGUUUCUAUACUAUGGGCACAUGAGGAAAUCUGGGGGCUGAACAAAAAUGAAAGCAGGUAAGCAGCCGUAAGCCAUAGUUUACCUGCAACGUAAGGAAGCUCAGGUCAUGGUUUGUGUUCCAGAACCAUUCUUGGCACAGAGCUUGGUUCUAAUACACUCUCUGAAUUUAGACCUUAAGGAAGUCACCACUGUCAUUUGGCAAAUCCCUUAUAUUUGUCAGAGUGAGGGAAAGGAACCCGGGACUGAGUGACUGUUCUUUUAUUCUUAAGCAAAAUGUAAUUAGACCAUCAACUAUCCCAAGUGUAUCAAAUGCUUUCAUUCAGAGUCUGCCUUGUUUUUUGCUAUGCUGAUUCACUUACAAGAAUUAACAGACUUUACAAAAAACAAGUUUGCUGAAUUCUUGUUCUCUGUCUCCUUAUUUUCUCCCCCUCUCCCGUCUCCUUCUUCUGCCAAACCUUUCCACUUCUUCCAGGCCAUUAUCAGAGUUUUUCUUAAUCAGAGACACCAGUCUCAUCCCAAAUAUAUUAUGGUUCGAGUACACAGUGACCAGAGCAGAAGCCAGGUGAGGAUUUAAUGCACGAUUGGGGUUGGGAAGGGUGCUGCUGAGAGGAGACCAUUAUUCCCUUCUGAGAGAUACAUUUCCUUGAGGAAUAGGGGUUCUCCUAACAAUUCUGAACACCCUGAACAAGCUACAGCUCCCAGAAUUCUUUGGGGAAGCCAUGACUUAUGGAGUAUCAUUGUGCUUUAAAAGUACGAUGUGGGUGUGAUUGUUCUAUAGAAAUCUCUUCCAUUCUUGAGUUACUAGAUUUUAUUAUUGACUCCUUGGUUGCAGGCUUGAGUCUUUCCGGCUGGGAGGUGUUGGGGACUGAACCUAUGGCCUUCUGCACACAAAGUGCACCCUCUGCCCUCUGAAAUCAAAAGUCUGGGCAGGGCUCAAAAAGCACCUUGAUAAGAUUUGAACCCACUUCCUUUUUAAAUUGCAGGAACCGACAGCGUAAGCUGGGUACAAAGCUCCAGUGA